GUUCUUUUUAKGYCUCUAUUGAGCCAUUAUUUGAUGCAGGUGUUUGUUGGAACAUAUAGUUAUUAUUUCCAUCAGGAGAGUGUUCUUCAAAGCUGCAUGGUUAUGACAGUGACUGGCAGACAGAUUCAAGGRGAGGAGACUGGAACCAGAYUACAAAACAGCAGGAAUUGAAAAGCAAAAGUUUUUACUACCAACAAAUCAACAGCCACAGUUCAUCACAGAUCAACUGCCUGWRAGAGGACAAUGAAAACGACCAGCCAUGGUUCAGCUGACCUCAGGCUGGUGCUGGUGGGUCAGGAAAGAGUCGGGAAGAGCUCAGCAGGAAACACCAUCCUGAGAAAUAAGGAGUUUAACUCUGAAGACGGUCUCAAGCUGCUGACUCGGAGCAGCAAGAAGGCAGAAGGAGAAGUUUUCUCUCGUAGAGUCUCRGUGGUGGACACGCCUGGACUCUCCAGCUCUGUUCUUCCUCCAGMAGAAGUGAAAGCUGAGAUCCAGAGAGCUGUGGAGCUGAGCUCUCCUGGUCCUCAUGUUUUUCUGCUCACCAUCAAGUUGGGAAGAUUCACUGAACAGAAAGAGUCAGGACUGGAGAUGCUGCAGGAGAUUCUGGGUCCAGAGGUUUCCAAGUUCACCAUGAUCCUGUUCACCCACACAGACCGACUGGAACAAACAGGCAUUAAUGUURAUCAGUUUGUAMAWGAAGAUAAAAACUUUCAGAAAUUAGUGCAGAGCUGCAGUGGGAUGUAUCAUGUGUUCAACAACAAGCAGAUGGAAAACAGGAAGCAGGUCCAGGAUCUGCUGGAUAAAAUAGAUUCACUCUCAGACGGAGGACGUUGUUAUUAUCAGAGGCAGAUUUCUCUGUUCUCUUACUGUAGAUGGGCUCAGUCAUGGUGGUCAGACUGGAGACUGAAACUUGGAGUUUCCUUUCUGUGCUGCUGGAUAUUGAGCAACAUCUAUAGUCGGUUGAGAAACGAAUAGAUGAAGUAAAAAGUUACCGGAGGAAGAGAGUUUCAUGGAAAAUGUCAAUGUGAAUAAAAUUAUCAUUAUCAGUUACAAUCCAAACAUUUGUUGUAAUUGGCUGGGUUUAAAAAUAAUAAAAUAUCUAUUUGAUUCUUUCUUUGUUAAAGGAAUAAGAUUUUUGAUGUCAUCUUUAUUAUGAAGAUUCAACAGAAAAAUAUAUUUUUCCUUUUGGGACUCAAAAAAUCUGCUCCCAAAUGCAGUUUGCAUAACAACGAUCCUUGUAAAUAAUCACGUUAAGUGUGUGAUCGAAAAAACAACAAUGCGAACAUUUCCUUUAUCUGGGCAACAAGCGGAGUGCAAUAAAACGCAGUCUGCAGUUAUGAAAUAAACCAGCUUGUUAGUCACUGCUGGUGAUGUAUAGAAUAACGAAAAGUAUCUCCAAAUCUGAACCUUCUUAAUAUUGAAAACAAAAAUAACCAUUUCACCUUCUCAAACACUUUUUCAGCAUCCAAAGUUACAAUGACUGAGUCUUGUUUAUUUGUUAAAGUCAUUAAAUUCUGUUUGAUCUGGAUGAAUUAAGGAUGAGAUUAACUUUUUCAAUUCUGAUUAGUGAUAAGUUUCAUAUCUCUAUUGAUUAAUGACAGCAGUCGACAGCUAGAGGUGACCAUAGGAUCUUUGCCAGGUUUAAGAAGAACUAGCAGCUGGAUUUAAAUUUUGGGGAAUAAUACCUUUUUCUUUUAUUUCUUGUAUUAAUUUGAGAUAUGCUGGAUUAAGCAUAUCCCAAAAUGUUUAUGGAAUUCAGCUGGAAAACCGUUCGGUCCUGGUGCUUUAUUGUUUGAUAAAAGAUGUUUUGCAUUGAUUAAUUAAUUAUUCUGUUAAUGGAGCUUCAAGCAGACCAAUUUGAUCAUCUGUAGAUUGAUAUUGUUUAAAAAAAAACCUUGGGAAGGAUUAUUUUUCUCAAAAUACAAUUUAGUAUACAAAUCAUAAACAUUGGCUAUUGUUAGCGUCUGAUUGUACAUAAAUAAAUUAUUAUAAACCUUCAUGAU